CUUCGAUAUAAAGCCAGAAGGUUGUAAUGCUUCCGUGAAUCUGUUCGAGGAAGAACCUCCAACUUGCUUGAAGACCUGUCACGAUUUCGCGUCGGUCACAAGUGUGACUGGACGCGUCUUGGUCCAAGAUCAAGCUCGAGAUUUUUGUCCCCAACCGAAAUGUCCUUUUCUAAUCUUUUUGGGUCCCUCGCUGUCGAUAUGGACGGCGACGAGAAACAGCAAGAGGAGCAUGUCACCAAGAAGAUCAAAAUCACCGCCAAUAAUGGAUGGGAGCAUGUCUUGGCAAGAGGCGGAAUCAAAUCGCGCUUUACAAAAAUUACUACUACACAGGCGACUGAACACCUCAAGAACUAUCGUCCUCGAGCACAGAGACAAAAUCUUGAAAUACUUAUAUCGUUACCUUUGGAUAUCCUAUUCGAGAUCUUUGGAAGGCUGCUUCCGCUCGACUUACUUCAUCUCGCACGCACUAGCAAGGCUCUGCGCGGUGUACUUAUGCAUCGCUCCUCUACCACCGUGUGGAUGGCUGCGCGCUCCAAUGUGAAGGGGAUGCCUCUUUGUGCUGAUGAUAUGUCAGAACCGGCGCAUGCGAGUCUCGCGUUCGAUACACACUGUCACAAUUGUCUCAAACCAAAUGUGCGCAAUGUCGACUGGAAUCUGCGUGUCAGGUACUGCCAAAAAUGCUUCAAAGAGUGCACAGAGAUUAUCGAUGAUAAGUUCAAAAAAGGAUAUGGAUUGAAGUUGCAUCAGUGCUUGUCAUUGAGCAUGACGCAUAAUCGAAAUGACAUCCGUUGUCUGAAAUCAGACAGGGAAGCAUUGGUUAAUGAGUUGUUAAGCCUCGGGCCAGAAGAAAGAUCUGUCCUCCGAGGGAAGAGGAGAGAUGAGACGCUUAUUCGAAAGGAGCACGCAAUUCUGUGCAACAAAUGGACGGACGGUGAACAACAGAACCGAUGGAAGGAGCUCGACCAGCUGAGAAGCUUGCGCUAUGACGCUAUCGUGGAGAAGUUGACAGAAGUUGGCUGGGGGGAAGAUAUCGCCAAGCUUCCAGAUCGGCAUACUGCGCGAAUCUACAAGUUGACCCAUAUUGAUGAUCAUCCACUUGUCAAGCAACCAAAGCCCUUGACUGAUCGCAUUUGGCAAAACAUUCAACCCAAAAUGGUUGAAUUCAUGGGUCAAAUGCGUGAAUUCCGCAUUCAACAAGAAAGAAAGCAGCAGAUUAGGGAGCGGCAGAGCCUCGUCGCUACGAUAUAUAGCGACUGGCAACGGGAGAAAGGAUAUCACCGAUUUCUCAUGCCUACUGCCGCUGACCUUUUCAGGAUGCCGCGGGUUCGCAAUAUCGCGGAGUUGCCUGCUCAUAUGACCGUCACCGCGGAAGAUUUUCAGCCCAUUCGCGAGGAACUCUUUGAUAUGGUCGACGCUUGGAAGCGUCGCACUAGGGAUGAUUUGCGGUCAGACUUGCCAUGGCAGCUUGACAUCCCGUACUGGGUGGACCUCUCUGUCGAUUGCGAGGGACUUGCUAUUGCUGUCUUUACGUGCACAGAGUGGCUUUGCGAAGACAUUUCUGAGCCUAAUGACUCGCCUCGGUACAUGUACUUCCCGGAGUAUCUUCACCAUAGGUGCAACCGGAUCCGGCGGCGAAAGUGGGACGAACUUGACCCUGCUAACACGCUCGCAAUGGGACAAGGGUAUCCGGGAAGUACGGUGCAACGAGAGUGGUCCAUGGAUGGUCUCGAAAUCGAUAAGAAGGCUUCCCGAACCGUGAGGAAUAUCCUCGAUGCAUGCAACUUAAACUGGAGAGAGACAACAGUGCUGCAGCUCGACAACUUGGAUCCUAGGCUGGUCUGCCUAAAGUGCAGCUACGGCAACCUCUGUGACGGAGAAAGGCCUAUGAUAGUCCGAUCAUGGCGAGAAUCUGUCAAACAUUGCGCUAAGAAGCAUUGGAGUGACUCGAGCGUAAAGUGGCAGAAAAUUUCGGAUGAGGAGACUAAAAGUCUUCGCCAAGACCAGGAGCAAGCGGCCGCGAGCACUACGCCACCUCUGCGCAAAAUUUGGCGCUGCACUCAUUGCCAUAACAAGCCUAGAGAACCGGAAAAAAUGACUGCGCAGGAAAUGACGGAUCAUUUAGAGGAUCAUCAUUCGAUGGAUCCAGUCGACCAAGUUGCAGGAAAAGACUACGUUCAAGCUUUGGACGUGCCUCCUAUAGCCAUUCCUUCUGUGAAGCUGAAGCCAAAAGCCGUCGACCCUCCGCCCUUUAAAUAUGGUGUUUCGACCAGCUCAAGACCAAGCUUCUGGGAUAGAUUUCUGAGUCCAUGAAGUCGCUAUUGCGAACCCUCAGAAAGUACGCAGAUAUUGCGGUUGGGUUCACGGGCUUGACUACCCAUUCGUGUAUGAUAAUCGUACACAUUCGUAGCCUGUAAAAAUGGUCGGAAAGAUUAGAUUCAAUUCAAUUCUAGCCAUACAACAGUCAGAAAGUCAGAUAAAAAAAUCCAGAAUCCAGUUAACAGUCUGCCUUAUACGUCAUACAUCACCACAUCUUUCAAUUAGGCCCAAGCGCUGGAAGUGGAAGGAAUAAGCUCCUCGAUCAAGUUGGUGACAAUGUCAUCCUCGCCGUCUUUGGUGGUGGGAGGAUGGGCAGCCAUUUGCUCCGUCACUUUGGCGUUCAAUUCGGGAUACGUGCCUUCAGUAAAACCCAUCU